AUGAAGAAAGAAACCAAUUCCAACCCAUCGAGAUGCCUUCCAAGCCCACUUCCCACACUGCUAUAUCCUCUCCUUCUCAUCAUACUACUCUCAGUGAUUAUCAUCACUACAUACAUUUCCACCUCCUACAUUGCCUUCACCAAUACAAAUGAUCAGACUCUCAUACCUUCCUCCAUCCACAGCCACAUAUCAAAUCUCCAGACCCAAGUGGGCCAUUUGCUUGAUCAGCUACAUAGUGAAAGCCCCACCUCAAAUACUGCAUCCAAGUACGCCAAUCGAGUGCUUGCCAUCGCCGUGUCGUUAGACAACCUCGCCGACCGUCUAUCCCAUCUCUACAGCGAUGCACCUGUCGACUGGAACAACACAAGCAACAUUGAUGGUGACGAUGAACUUGGCGAAGGAGAUGAUGGCGAAUUUGAUGAUGCAUUGCCACGUAAUGGGUUGUUCGGCUCCGGCGAGAUUCGCAACUACACAUCACCUAAGCCCAACAGGCAUGGGUUGAAGAAUUUCCUCGGCGUGGAAGCUGUGUAUCCAUCCAUUGGAUUAGCAUGCACCGGUGCAGCCGCAGACAUCGGUCGCUUCAUGUCAUACAAAAUGUAUGGGAGGUGCCCAGAUGAUUGGAUCAUGGCCCAGAAGCUAAUCGUGGCCGGGUGUGACCCACUUCCCAGAAGGCGGUGCUUCGCAAGAUCUCCCCCACAUUACACUAAGCCACUGCCAUUAAAUUCAUCUAUGUGGGGCCUGCCUGGCGACACUAACAUUCUGUGGACACACUACAAGUGCAAGAGCUUCACCUGUUUGAUGUCAAACAAUACAGUAGGCAAGAGAGGCUUCUUCAAGUGUGCUGAUUGCUUCAACCUCUCCAAGAGGGGCUGGGAGAAUGCAACAAUGGACAGGCCCACAUCGCCGGAGUUCACUGCCGAUGAGGUUCUGGCAUUGAAGCCGACCGGGGAGAUUCGAAUCGGGCUGGAUUUCAGCCCAACAACAGGCACAUUCGCUGCGAUCAUGAGGGAGAGGAAUGUGACCAUAGCUUCAGCCACCCUCAACCUUGGAGCUCCUUUCAGUGAGGUGAUUGCAUCGAGAGGCCUCCUCCCACUCUACCUGUCGGUCGGUUCGAGGCUACCAUUCUUCGACAACACGCUCGAUAUCAUCCAUUCGAUGCUGUUUUUGGAUGGGUGGAUUGGGGUGGAGCUCCUCCAGUAUGUGCUGUUCGAUUGGGACCGGAUCCUACGGCCGAGAGGGCUUCUUUGGAUCGACCGCUUCUUUUGUGGCAAGGACAACAUGAAGCUAUACUUGGAUGAGUUUCACAGACUGGGCUACAAGAAGCUGCUUUGGAGAGUAGUACCUAAGACAGAUAAGGAUGGUGAUGAGCUCUUUUUUUCUUCUGUUUUAGAGAAGCCAUUGAGAGCUUAA